UAACAAAGCAGUUGCGAGGUGCAAGACGAGAUGCGACAUACAAGAUAGAGAUGCAGUCAGUCGAGUUGAGAACACGCUCAAAGAGCGUAUGUUCGUUCCUCAUGGGAAUUGUUUUGCUCUUACGCAAACAAUGGAAAAAACGAAGUGUAGUACAUAUGUGCAUAGUUUUUUUUCAUAGUUGAGUGAUCUCGUACGACCGUGUUUUUUUCAUAUACAAGGCUAGCCAGCUGCGCCAUUCUUGUUGUGUGACACCCGCAUCAUCAGCCACACUACACAUCUUCUGUGUGUUAUUAUUUCAUUGUUGUUGUAGUUAGCUGUUGGUCACACAUCGCAGGAAUGGACACAUCGGGCUUGCCUGUACCGGAUGCAAUCCACCCGCUACUCGAACAACUGCAAGAAGCUUUGGUCCUAGAAGUGAAAUAUCAACCUAAUCUUCAGUUACCGACUAUGUCGCAAAAUGAUGAGAUAACGAUCGGGGCUCGUGAUGGUUCAGCCCAUGUUUUGAGGUGUUUGAAAGUAUGGUACGAUUUACCGUCGGACGUGUUUUUUAUUGCCAUCAAUUUAAUGGACCGCUUCUUAACAAAGAUGAAAGCAAGGCCGAAACAUAUGGCCUGUAUCAGUGUAUCUGCUUUUCAUAUAGCUGCUGUUCAGUUAGCACAGUCCUUGGAUGCUGAUCACUUAGUCUCUAUUUCCCAGUGCAAAUGCACGGGUGGUGAUUUGAAACGUAUGUCGGAAGUGAUACGGAACAAACUAGAGUGGGCACCGGGUACACAACCUGUUACACCCUUGACUUUUCUUCGAUUAUUUCAUGCUAUGUUCCAUGCAGUCGCAUUACAGUUUGGUUUAGGAGAGGUGUACAAUAACAUCGUUACAGAAUCCGAGCUCCUUCUGAGAUUAGAAAUGGUUGCUUGCGAUGGUAACUGUGCAAGUUUAAGGCCGUCAGAAGUUGCACUUCUUUUACUUUGCACAUACUUAGAUAGUGCAGUCAAUCGACUGGAUACAAAUGCGGAUACUACCAAAUCUACAACCAUUAUACCUAGUUCCUCUGCGAUCUGUAAUAUGACUGUAAUACCGAAACAUCAGAUACUUAGACUUUUGGAAUUUGCAGUAGAUCUUCAGAAAAUAUGUAAGAUUUCGGACACAAAUUUUUUCUCCACGCAUGAGGCCGUAGGUGCUAUAUUGAGCAAAUAUAAUGCUCAAGAGCAAACUCCUCAUAAACAAAGACUGAUAUGGAGAUUAUCCUCUCGUACGGCGCGCCUUUUACGUCCAACCGAUAAAUUCACUUCUGUAUUACCUGUUAUCGCCGAACACGCUCCAGUUCCUUCACCGAGUAAAAUUAGAAAAAAUCGAAAGUUUGGUCGACGCCAUGGGAACAAGAGACGUUAAGUGGUAAUAUCGAGGCCUUAAUGUGCUGGAUUAGAAGUUCAGUGUUUAUCCGUCAAGCAAUAAAAGAAGUUUAAUUUGAAAUUAGAAAUUACUAGAAAGUACAAAUACCGAUGUAUUUACGUCGUACGACGAACUGUCAGAUAUCUCUUUUCUAUCAUACAUUGAAAACUCAAGUGAGUGUACGUUCACAUUUUAUUACAGUAUUCUAAAAUGAAAAAUCAAAUUGAUUUUGGAUAUAUUAGUUUCAUCGGAUGCAUAAUUUUUUUUCUUUCAAUUGUACCAUACCUUUUAUAAAGAAAGACGAGAAUUUCUGUUUGAAAUUUAAUGUUUCACAUAGCACACGAAUGAUGUGCAAAUGAAGGGAAUAAAGUCGAAACAGCAAAUCGUAUUUUACUAACGUUAAAGUUAAUGUGAUACAAUGUCCAUUGUAAAACUCGUACUUUAUGGAUAAAACUCUAAAUGGAUGCAAUUCUAUUAUUUAUAAUGUAUACGUAUAUAUAUAUAUAUAUAUAUAUACAUUGGGGGAGGGGGGUGCGUGCGUGCGUGCGUGUGUGUGUGAAAGAGCAAGGAAAUUAAUCAUGCGCAAAUAUAAAUUAAAAAUUAUUUAAAAAUAAAUUAUAAAAAUUAAUGAAACUAAUUACAAUGAUCAAAACAUUCAAUAAAUCUAAACUCUUAAAAUUUAACCAAGAGCGAAUUCACAGAGAUUGAUGUUUUGUCGUGAGACUGUAUUUAAAUGGUGUGUAUUGUUUGAGGAUAAAUUACGAAUGAAUGUAAAUAGAAUAGCCUUUUCUGUUAUAAUGUUUUUACGAUAUAUCAAUGGAGUAAAAGAUGCAACGAA